AUGGUUGACACUAAUCAGGAGGGCUUUGAAAGUUUAGAGACACUUGACAAUACCCAGCAAGAGGAUGUCAGCAAUGUCUCUGACCACGAACACGACAAGAUCAUACGUCCAAUGAGAGCCUUGACCAAGCAGCUCAUCCUCCAGACUCUGUCCGUCUCUAUCCUGGCCUUCCACAAAGUCUCUUCAGAUGUCAUCAUGUCUGCCUACCUCGCGGCUCCCCCCGACAUUUCAACACAGAAGCUGGCCGGUGGUUUCGGGUACGGUGAUUCAACAAUAGGCUUCAUACUUCUGCCUCAUGCCAUAAUGCAGCCAUCGCCCAAAUACGGUUCGUGUCGUGGUUUAUCAACAAGAUGGGGCCACUCCAGGCAUACCGUGUCGUGCUCUGCGCCUACCCGGUCGUCUACACCUUUACACUAUUUCUGCCUGGGACUGUCAGUGACGUCCAGCAUAUUGGCACUAAUUCUGGUCGUUCUGGAGUUGUGGUUCAACGUUGUGUUGCCAUCGAUUGGGUACAUUUGCUCGACCAUUUUCGCAGCGGCUUCAUUUUGUUGCCUGGCACGAUCGGUAGGCCCGCUGGUCACGGGAAAGGUCUAUGAAGUCGGUGAUCGGAUAGGUUACGCGGGACUCGCGUUCUGGGUGCUGGCUGCAGUGGCGGUUGCGGGUGGUGUUGAGUCAUUCUGGCUCAGGGAUCAAGUAUAG